AUGAGUCAGGUAAAAAUCAGACGGGGAUACGAAACUUUUAACUCGCAAUAUCCUGAGUGCUGCGUGGAUGGAAAACUCAUUUCCCCAGAGAAGACCGAGGCAGAGAGAAACCUCGCCAGCCACUGUGAGAAGCAGAGUGCCAACCACAAACCCGCUUACGACCAGGGUGGCCCAGUCGAAAUCCUGCCUUUUCUCUACCUUGGUAGUGCCUAUCACGCUUCCAAGUGCGAGUUUCUUGCCAACCUGCACAUCACGGCCCUGCUCAACGUCUCCAGGAAAAGCUCAGAGUCCUUCAAAGACCAGUACUGCUACAAGUGGAUCCCGGUGGAGGACAGUCACACGGCAGACAUCAGCUCACACUUCCAGGAAGCCAUCGAUUUCAUCGAUUAUGUCAGGCGAACCGGGGGCAAGAUCCUGGUGCACUGCGAAGCGGGCAUUUCACGCUCUCCCACCAUCUGCAUGGCGUAUCUCAUGAAGACAAAGAAGCUCCGUCUGGAGGAAGCCUUCGAUUAUAUCAAGCAGCGCCGGAGCCUGAUCUCACCAAACUUUGGUUUCAUGGGCCAGUUGCUACAAUACGAGUCAGAGAUCUUGUCUUCCACUCCCAGCCCCCCCGUCGCCUCGUGCAAAAGAGAAGCCGCAUCUUUCUUUGCAGAGGAACUGACGUUAGGCAAAAACUUUGAAGGCUCGUGUUUUGCCUUUCCUACCUCAGUGUUGAGUUCUGUGCCCAUCCACUCUCCCGUCCACCAGCUGAAACUCAGCCCAAUGACGGCAUCUUCGUCUUGCUGAACACCUUGGGGAGACCGGAGCUGGUGCGGUCCUCUGAUCCGAACUGUGACCCCAACAAGAACAUUUCAUGAACGUGCAAUAGAGAAACCUCAUCGACUUAGUCUGAGAUGGAGUGGUUGUCGUGGGUCAUACUUUCCGUAUGCUGUGACUGUAAGACGCAAGCGCUCUAAGUGUGGCAGGUUUUCCAAACUUUUGUUGUCCUUUUUUAAAAAAAAAGUGCUUUUUUUAGAUUUUUAUCCACAGAAUGUGCACCCACUACUGUAUUUCCAGAUUCCUGGGGAGCAAUGAGAAAUCCAUUUAGUAUGUUCUCAGUUCCCAUCUCCUUCCCUUCUUAUUUUUGAAAAGACCCUUAUUUAAAGUCUCAAGCAAUAAACAGCAGCAGCGGGGAAGAAAGCAAAACGAAAAGCACCACCUUCGAAACCACAGAGGUGGUGGGAGUGAAUAUUCGUUCUGCUUUUUCUCUGGCUUUCCUCCUCCCCCCUCCUGCCUCAUGUUUCAGGGAGCACAGGGCUGGGGUGGCCAGAGGGAGCUCUUUUCCCAGGACACUGUUGCACAACCAGGUGAAAAUCCCCCUCUCCUGCGUCAGGUAUUGACCACAGUGUAACUGGAUACAACACCAGACCCUGGAUCCAUUCAGGUGUGGCAUUUCCUGUACUUCUGCGUUUGCCUUUGUACUGGAUGUGCUUUCAACUAAAGCAGGGCACUUAACCGAAGCCAUCAGGCUACCUGCUGAGCUAUUAUCCUCCCAUCUGUUAUUUAAGAACAGCCCUAGAAUACUUGAAUGUCUCCACAAUCCUCAUCAGAGUUACUUCCCAUCAGAUAACACUGUUAACUGCUGGAUUUUACACCAAAAAAAAAAAAAAAAAAAAAAAACCAAACCCCUGACAAGCUCGGCUCCAAGCCAACUCUUCCUCCAUCCCUUCCCAAGUGUUCCCGAUGUGUAUCAUGUGUGGUCAAGUGGUCUUGUUCAGUGUUACGUGGCUUGCUUAGUGCAUGUGGUCACCUCUAGCCAGCCUUUGUCCGCAAAAACUGUUUUUUCUCUGGCUUGCAUUGGCUUCUGUGUCUGCAGGGAGUUUUUCGUAUGUAGUAUGUGUGGGAAAUGGCAAUAAUUUCCAGGAGAU